AUGGGUAGAGGAGCUUUGACAGCGGCUGCAUUGGUGCUUCCCCUUAUUCUCCUGCACAAGCUAUGGACGGGAAGUAGAAGUUCCGGCGCCUCGAACAGUAUUGACGAUGCCUCUCCAGAAAAGGAUUCCUGUUCGCUGCCCCUGCCAACAGGAGAAUACGAAGUGUUUCUGAGUUUCAGAGGUCCAGACACCCGUCAUCAAAUUACUGAUAUCCUCUACCGGUUUCUAGUUAACUUGAAAAUCCACACAUUCAAAGAUGACGACGAGCUUCGGAAAGGAGAAGGGAUCUGGCCAAGUCUCGUCAAGGCUAUUGACCAAUCCAAGAUUUUUGUUCCCAUCUUGUCAAAGAAUUAUGCUGAUAGCAAAUGGUGCCUUAAAGAGCUUGCCGCUAUUGUUGAGCGGAAAGAGCAAGACAAGGGAUGCAUCAUGCUCCCCAUUUUUUACAUGGUGGAUCCGAAAGAUGUUCGACAUCAAACUGGGCCUUUCAAGAAGGCAUUCCAACAACACAAGAAGAAUUUCGAUGAAAAGACCAUACAGGUAUGGAAAGAUGCAAUGAGCAAGGUUGGAGGUGAGAAAGGAUGGCACAUCAAAAGCAAUAAUGAGCAAGGAGCUAUAGCAGAUCUUGUCACUGGCGAUGUAUGGUCACAUCUAAGCAAGAAGAACAAUAUAAUAGAGACAGAUAAGUUGAUUGGUAUUGAUAGUCACACAGAAACAGUAAAAGAAAGAAUGACUCUAGACUCUGGAGGCGUGACAAUUGUUGGGAUUCACGGCAUUGGUGGUGUCGGUAAGACCACUAUUGCUAAGGCUGUCUAUGACAAAGUGUCUGGUCAAUUUGAUCGUUGUAGCUUUGUCGAAAAUAUAAGGGAAAUGCUACAACAAAAGGAUGGUGUUAUGAUUCUGCAGAAGCAUAUCAUCUCAGACAUUUUAAGAACACAAUAUGUCGAAUCCAUUGCCAAUGUUGGUGAAGGAAUCAGAAUUCUGAAAGAUAGAAUUUCUCGUUUUAAAUUUCUUAUUGUGCUCGAUGACGUGGAUGAGGAGUUUGAAUUCAACGAGAUAUUGGGAAAAACUGAGGAUAAUGUCUCGGGAAGUAGAUUUAUCAUUACUUCUAGAAACGUAAAAGUCUUGCGUACUCUGACUGAAGAAUCCAAGUUAUAUAGAGUUCGAGAGAUGAGUAAUCCUCACGCACUUCAACUCUUCUGCAAGUUCGCUUUCAGAAAGGAUUCUCCUCCAUCAAGUUAUCAGACUUUGUCGAGAGAUAUUGUAUCAGUUGCAGCUGGACUUCCAUUGACACUCAAAUUGGUAGGCUCACUUUUAUAUGGAGAGGAGGAUCUGAUUUGGAAAGAAAAACUAAAGCAACUAAAAGAAAUUCCUGAGGAAAAGGUUGCAGAAAGGUUGAAAAUAAGCUAUGAUGCAUUAAAUAAUGAGGCGAAAGAGAUUUUCUUGGAUAUUGCUUGUUUCUUCAUUGGAAUGGAGACCAAGAUUCCUUCUUACAUGUGGAGUGGUUGUAGUUUUUUCCCAAUAAUCAAUAUCAAUAUCCUCAUUCAAAGGUCGAUGAUUGAAAUUGGGGAUGAUAAUGAGUUCGAGAUGCAUGAUCAACUCAGGGAUAUGGGUAGAGAGAUCGUCAGGAAAGAAAAUAUGAAGCAUCCAUGGCAGAGAAGUAGAAUAUGGUCGAAGCAGAUAGCUUUAGACAUGUUACGUAACAGAAAGGGAACAAACCGGGUCGAGGGCACUAGAUUAAAUGGUGUUGUGGAUGAGCUUGAGAAGGAAUGCUUUAUGAAUUUAUCAGAAUUAAGAUAUCUUGAUGUAAAUGUGAAGAGGCUCACUGGCGAUUUUAGCAAUUAUCUUCCAAAUUUAAGAUGGCUUCAAUUGAAGAUUGGAACUGGUGAGGUUCUGCCUAAGUUUUGUAUGAAAAACUUGGUGAUUCUUCAACUCUUAAGCCCAGUAAUCGAUGAUUGGGGAGGGUUGACGCAUAUCAAGAUGGCACACAAGCUGAAAGUUCUGAAAGUUUUUGGUCAUUAUGGCCUGACCCGCAUUCCUGAGUUCCCUGAAUCCCAGAGCCUAGAGAUUUUACAUCUUCUUCAUUUCGGCAGUUUAUUGUUUCCGAAGGACCUGGAUAUUGGGAAUUUGAGGAGCCUAAAAGAGUUACGCCUGCGGAGUUGUAAGGUAAGGGAGAUUAGGGGCGGAACCAUUGGGAUGUUGAAAGGACUUUGUGAGCUUGAACUCAAAAAUGUUUAUUGUGAAAAGAAUCCAAGAGAAGUGCUUGCUGAUAUUGGGGAGUUGCAGUUUCUUGAUGUCUUGAGAGUGGACGUGAAAUAUACUCUGGGACGAUUUGUAUUGCGUAGAGAGAAUUUGCUGUUGGGGUCUAAGCUUCCCACAAGUUUGAAGGUGCUACUGACUUCCUCUCCGGUUGCUAAUCUUCCAGAGCUGAGAGAAUUGGAGGAACUGACAGUUGAAGAUUGUGGUAGGUAUGGGCUUGAGAUCCCGCCAGCAGACACUGAUAGCAAUACGUGGUGGAAGUUAUCCAAAUUGAAGUCUCUCAGGCUAACGAGAACAAAGUUGACUCUCCCAACUAAGUUGUUGCUUCCAUCAUCGCUAACCACCCUCCACAUCUUGGAGUGUCGGGAAUUGGAGUGGCUCCCAAGACUAGAGAACCUGGAGAACUUGACUCUAUUAGUAAUCUCCUUCUGUCCCCUGAUUAAAGAAAUCCCGGGUCUUGACAGUCUCCAUUCUUUGACUAAGUUGAGCGUUUCGGAAUGCGAGGCAUUGGAAAGACUACCCAGCCUUGCGUCUUUGAGCAAGUUACGUGAGUUAAUUGCAUGCUCUUGCCCUCUUGUUGCAGAAAUCCAAGGGCUUGGAGGGCUGAAAAUGUUGCAGCUUCUCAGGAUUGAUAGUGCACAGAGUUUGACUCGUCUCCUUGGCUUUGGAGCUCUCUUGUCCUUUAACAAGUUAGAAACUUUAACCAUAACCAACUGCCCUCUUCUCACAUCACUGUCAUUCCCCGACCUAGAUGGUGGUGGUGGUGGUGGCUGUAGCAACUGCCAGUUACCAGCUGUACUCUACUCUUUACGAUAUCUGUCCAUCAGUGGGACCUCAUCAUUUGUGCAGAUCUUGUGCCGGAUGCUUCAGCUGUCACAGUUCCCUAGCCUUCUGACAUUGAGACUUAUGAUGAUGGGGGUUGAUAAUGUAGAUGUGGAAUUACCCUUGGAGUGGGUUGAGUCUAUGGAAGAGCUCGAUGAACUGAUUUUGGGUGGCUGGGCCUCAAUGUGGGAACUACCUUUUCUGUCAAAGCUCCGAAACUUGAAGAGGUUAACUAUCACUGAUGCUCCAAAUCUGCAGGAGAUUGAGGGACUUGCUGCGUUGAAAUCUCUUGAGCGCCUAAAGCUCAGUGGCUGCACAUCCUUGCAAAGAUUGUCAGCAGGCGACUUAUCUGGUUUGAAGCAACUGGAAAGCAUAGACAUCAGUGGCUGCGGAAACUUGAUUGAUCGAUCUACUCCGAGAAAACAAAACGUCAACAUACUCAGACGCUGGAAGGCUGCUGCGAUGAUGAUUGACCCUGACUUGCUGUGGGACAGGCUAUCCCCAUCACAUCUCUGAAAUGCAAAGACUCCAAUAUCUCGUUGCAUUGCCAUUGUUUCCAUUGAGCAAAUGCUGAGGUGGAGCAAUUGUGGAGAUCUAAAAUCUUAAAAAUGAAGUGGCAGGCUUUACAUUACAGCCGCCUGCAGAUUGUUGGUUAUGCCAGGAUGUCUUCCUUCCUUCAGGCUCCUGUGUUCCAGUAUCAUGCCUUUUCUUUCUCGCACUCUGUCUGCAGAGCUGUUGUGGUUACGAAACCAUCGUAAGCUUACCCAGAUGAGGUUAAAUGUUGCUAUCCUGGGUUGUUUCUUGUCCCUUGCUGUAAUUUAUGUACAGUUCUCUGAUGUAAGUCUUUCCUGCAAGAUUACUCGAGGUACUACUCUACUGGUGACUUUGCUUGUCCUCUCUCUGUACAGGUCAAGUUCUCCGUCCCUGUCCAAAGCCGUUAGAGAGCGUAGUGACAAGGAAUCUUUUAACACGUGCAGUUCAUGGAAGAAGCCUUUAAAAGACACAGAGGUACGAGCCUAUAGAACAGAUCCUGUUCAAGUAAGGCCGUCAUGGAAGAAGCCUUUAAUUCAGGUGAGAACGCAUCCCUUAUCAUUCGCUCAAUGGAAACAGGUUUUGAAGCCGCCAUAUAUAACCAAGUCGCCAGGUUCGGUUGAGGUGCAGUCGAUCACAUUAUGUCGUCCGAUAGAUCGACCUGUAUGCCGGAAAAUCAUGAAAUUUCUAAGGCAAGAUUCACUAUCACGAAAAUAUGUCCAAUCUUUUUCAAUGUGCCCUUACUCAUAAACUCGUCGAUCAGUUCCCCAUGAUGACGGUUCCUUUAUCCUUGU